AUGCUUGUCGAGUUUCCCGACGCCUCUGUGUCUUUUCUCAAUCUCCUCGUGUCCUCCGGACGUCCUCCCGAGAUCGCCGGCGGCCGUCUCCAGCGGUUCGCCUUUGCGAGGGUGAUCAAACGGUCGUGCUGCCGGUCUGACUGCCGCUUUUUCUUCCAGUUUUCUCUUCUUUCCGCCUGCGGCUCCGCUGCCGCCGGCGCCAUGCCUCCUGCGCGGCUUUUGCCGCCUCCUUCAGAGGACGCGCAGCAAGGCGAGGACGAAGAGCCGGCUUUACCUCCGCGCUGGGAGGGCUCCGCGGCCUCUCCUUCUUCUUCUCCUUCCUCUUCUCUUCCCUUGUCUUUCUCUCCUCAUCCAGCAUCCGGCUCCUCUUGUCCGCCUCAGCCGUCGUCUUCCGUUCCUUCCUCUCCUGCUCGUCUGCGCGACCCGCCGGCUGCGGCUCUGCCCGCGCCCGCUCUCGGGUCUCCGGGGCCGCCCCCGUGGGCGGGGGCGGCGCCGGCGUCUACCGCCAUCUCUCCGCGCGGGUCGCCGCUGUCAGCGCCGUUUACGCCGCCGCCACUGCCUGCGUCUUUUUCCUUCUCGCCGCUUCCGCUUCAUCUGUCUGACAAGCGGGUGCCGCAGGCGCUCUCUGCGACGAUCGCGCCGUCGGCGUAUGUCACCAACAUCUGGACGUCCAUCUGCGUCUGCGCAACGGGGUUCUCCGCGCGCGACUUGUUUCUGAUCGCGCGCUCGCUGCCGAACUCUGAGUACAGCGGCGGCUCUUCGCUUCCGGUUGUGCUGCGACUCAAGAGUCCGUCCUGCACCGCCGUGCUCAGCGCGAACGGCCGACUCUCCAUCAUGGGCGGCGUCACGCGGGAGCAAGCGGCCUGGCAAGCCUACCGCGUCGCCUACAAACUCAAGUUCCGCAUGCGCUGGAGAUUCGGGCACGGCGCUUCGCUCGCCAGGGGACAGGCCGCCGAGGAGGAGGAAAAGCGACAGGAGGAGGCAGAGAAGCAGCGGCUCCUGAGCGGCGAGCGGCUCGCGGCGGCGGCGCCGCUCGCGUCUUCUGCGUCAUCAGAUGCGGCGUGCGCGCUGAGUUACGUGAGCGACCCGCGCAUCCGCUUUGUGCCGGAGGAGAUCGAGACGCAGCAGAUGGUGUGUCGGUUGGACUUGGGGGGUGCUUUCCGCCCCGACCUCGAGCGGCUCGAGUCGCAUCCGUCGCUCCAGGGCCGCGUCGUCGGCAUCAAAGACGGGCUGACGAUUCGCGUGCCUCUCCCCGCCUUCGAGGCUGCGGCGCCCCUCGCGGCGGCCUCAAGCGACAGCGCGGCGCUGACCGCGGCGGGAGCCGAGCGAGAAGACGCGCCGCCGCGCGAUCGCUGUCGCGGCGACGGCGCCAGCUCAGCAGAAGGCGACAGACGUCCGUGCCGGCGUCUGCACGCGAUCGGCACGCCCGAGGGGGAAGCGCCUGGCGCGGCGGCGAGAGAGAAGAGACAGGCGCCUGCUGCUGCCGCGCUCGUCUGGAAGGAGAAGAACGUCUGGUCCGGAGGAGACGACGGCGAGGACGAAGACCCCAUCGCCGCGGAGCUCUUCGCGGGACUGGAAGGCAGCGAGGACUCGGCGUCCUCCGCGCCCUCGUCGCCGCAGGGUCGCGGCGGCGAACUCGCCUCGAAGAAGCGGAGGAAGCGCGGGCGAGCCUUCGCCGACGAGCGCCGCGACGGGCGCGGCGCACUGCCGAAGAAGAAAGGGGCGACUUGCAUCGUCUACCGCAGCGGCAGACUCCUCGUGCUCGGGUGCACCUCUGCGGAAGAAAUCGACUACGCCGUCAGCUUCGUCUGGCCUGCUCUAGUCGGUCUCUAA